UGUUCCUGUUUCCACUCCGCACUCACUGACACUUUAUUUGAAUUUCGGUGUGUAAAUGACAGUAAAGUGUGUGGGCUGGAAUUAAAACAGCUUUACCCAGACUGUUCAGAGUCGGUCAGAAGCCAGUGUUGAGGCUCCAUAUCGCGAAGAUGGGGACAGGGACCAGGACGCAGUGCUGGAUGUGGAUCAGGAUUGGGCUUUGUGCCGUGAUAUUUGCUUCUGGAGUGCUCAGUCGUUCGACAGCUGGUGAUUCCUGGAAUUUCAAUCGUUUAACAGCUGAUGAUUCCCGGAAUUUGACACGCGCAGAAGAAAACAUGCAGAGCUUGAUGUGGGAGACCAAGCGGCUCGGAAUUUGGAAUGAUAAAGACCAGAAAAGAAGGAAAAGACGCAGUAAACUUUGCCCAAGCAACCAGCAUUUUGAUCCAAAAGCUGAGAUCUGCUGCAGAAAAUGUCCAGCAGGUUCCUAUGUGAAAUCCUCAUGCAAGGGAAAGGAUGAUCAAACGCAUUGUGAGCCCUGCCCACGGGGUACUUACCUUGCUUUUGAAAAUUACUCAAGUGAAUGUCAGAUCUGCAGAACGUGUGAUAAACUGACGCAGACAACCAUUCGUAACUGCACUGCUACCAAUAACACAGAGUGCAUGUGCAAGGCUGACUGGUACCAGCAGUGUCACAACAGAAAAUGCACACAGUUCCACUGCUCGAGCUGCUCCAGGUGCGACAACAGAACAGUCAUCAAACCCUGUUCGCAGCAGAAGGACGCUCAAUGCGGAGAGUGCUUGCCAAGAUUUUACAAACAUGGUGGCCAGUGCAAAGCCUGUCCUGAAAUUACAAAUGAAUCCUCUCCUGCUGCGCUGGGAUGCUUGAUUUCCGAGUCAUAUUUUGCCACAGUGCUGAAGAUUGUUCUAAGUGUUUUGGGAUCACUUUCCCUUCUGCUUGUGAUGGUUCAACUUCUGCGCUGCAAAUUUCGAUGUACAUCUGCUGUGGAGGAGCCGGAGACCCUGACAGGCACAGGGGUUCUCAGGCCUGAUGUCUGUGCUUCAGUUCCUGAGGGUGAAGAGACAAAGAGUGAAGUUAAGGAGUUGCCAUUUGAGAUUCCAGCUCCAGAAAGGAAAUCCAGGCCUCCUAUUGAUUUCCCAACCUACCCUCUGGCAAACAACAACAUUUAUGGGACCAGUCUACAGGCAUCACGGCUCCAACCCGAAGCACAUGUGUCAAUGCCCCUAGAUGGAAGAACCUUGUAUGAAAUCAUCAACUUAGUGCCCGUGCGGAGAUGGAAGGAGCUGAUGCGUUUGCUGAGGCUGAAGGAGUGCGAAAUCGAGCGGAUUGAGCUGGACGUGACCCAUUCCCGAGACCAGCAGUACGAGAUGCUUCGUCAGUGGAGCCAGCAGCAAACAGCCUCCAUGGAGUCCUUGUACCAGGCCUUGGAAAUCAUGAACUUGGCAGGUCUAGCAGAGGAACUUAAAGCCAAACUUCCCAACUAGUUCAACUCUCCCUGACACCACUAUGACAUCAAGUUUGACAUUCAGGAAAGAUAACUCCAGGGGUCCUCAAUCUAAAGCCCAGUUAGUCCUGCAGCCCAAAGCUGUUGGUGAAGCCUGGAUUUUAUGGUGCGGGGUUUAGUGAUUGACUUACGCAGUGCUACAGAACCUGGAGUUCCCAUUCCUGAACAAGAUGCAUGCUGCUCCAAAGGAGCAAACCUUGAGGGCAGUCACGUGAGCUGAGCACUCAGUCCCUGCACUUGGAGGGGGCAAGGGCAAAGUGGCCGUUGCUGAGGGUCGUCAAUGCCGGAGGUGCAGUCAGUCCAGGGUCCAGACCUGCUUUGGGAGCUCAUUUAUCAAAACUAGUUCCACUUUGCAGUCCAGAUCCUCACGAGGAAAGGUAGCGUAAAGAGGAAAUGCAGUGAUAUAGUAAGGUUGCGUGACUCUGAAAGUUAAAAACCUAGCAAGGUGGUAAGUGACUUACUGUCUUUCUGCUUGCUUCUGUGUACCGAGUCCUGUCAUACCUGGGAGCUGCCUCGCUCUGACCCAAAGUCUCUGGUAGUUUAUCAAGAGCUGAUUUAUCCAUGGAUUGGAAGUCUCACCCCACCCCCCAGGAGCUGCCUGCAGUUAGUCAUUCAGAGUACUGUACUCAGGCCACAGAAGGCAAACUCUGAAUGGGGCCCGGGCACUGUUUUGAGGUUAUGCAGAGGUGGGGUCUGAAGGACUUGAGGCUCAGGUUGCAGGGAAAUGUCCCAAGUGUUCCAUGUCUUUGGAUUAAUCUGUAUAUAGAUUUCCGUGGUGAUAAAUAUGACUUUUAAAAAUAUGGAAGCAGAUGCUGUUCUUAAUCAACGCUGCAUUACAGUCGUUCUGAUACCGAAGGGUUUUUCAACAGGUUUGUUCACAAACACUUACAGCCUAUGAAGUAAUCUGCUCCUGGUAUCUGCUGCCCUCUUCUGGUAAACACACACAUGAACACACA